AAAAUUGGGUUCGAGAGCCAUAAAGUGUACAUUUGUUGGCUGUGCCACAAAUAGAAAAGCUUAUAGGCUAUUAGAUUUGGAAUCUAAUGUGAUAAUUGAAUCAAAAGAUGUGGAAUUCUUUGAGAAUUUAUUGAGUAGUUCUCAAGAAUCUACUAAUCUUGAAGAGUCUCAAGAAAAUGGACCAAUGACGGUUGUUGAGAACCCUUUG